GCGCUCCUGGCAGUCAGGAGAGGGAGAAACUGGAGAAAGGAGGCAAUCUGGUCGGGCCGGAGACAAGGGGUGGGGGAGGAAGGGCUGUGCAAACGGCUCCUGCAGCCCCCACCGCCGCCUCCCCACACCCAGGGCUGGCGUCGGAGAGGAGUCUCCGUCUGCGCCUGGGUGCAGUGUGUGUGCGCGUGUGUCGUGAGGGGGGGGGAGAGUCCUGGAGGCGGGGCAAGAGCUGAGCAGCCGGAACGCAGCUGCCGCCUCUUCCUCGUCGUUGUCGUCGCCGCCGCAGCGGCUUGUAAACAGAUCCGGGGCCUCCACGUGACCGCCUCAAGUACCUGUGUGAGGGGACUGUAUUGACUUGCCUCUCGUAUUGUCUCCGGCAGGCAAGCAGCAGCAGCUAGAGGAGCCACCGCCGCCGCCGCCGGGCUCAUGACAACAAAGCCGAGCGGGAGAGCGCGAGGGGAGCGCGCGCCGCGGCGGCCGUUGCAGUCGCUGACGACUCUCUGGCGCCUUCUUAGCCUAUCUCCCUCGUCGUCCCUUCCCCUCGCAUCCCACCCGGCCCUGCCAGUAGCGCAGCAUCCUUCCCUUCACGUUCCCUCCUUCCCUGCCCACCGCCGCCGCCGCUAAAAUGGCUGAGGCUGCUGGGCAGUGACUUGAGCGCCCUCCCAACCUAUUCCCGGUUUGGUGGUCGUGAGGAAGCAGGGAAGCUGCCCUCCCCCCGGCCACCAUGAGCACCUUCGCCUUGGAGGAGACUUUGGAGGCGGACUGGGUGGCCGUGAGGCCUCACGCCUUCCACGAACGGGAGAAGCACAAGUUCGUCUUCAUCGUGGCCUGGAAUGAGAUCGAGGGCAAGUUCGCCAUCACCUGCCACAACCGGACGGCGCAGAGGCAGCGCAGCGGCUCCAGGGAGAUCCGCCGCGGGGGGAGCCCCGGCCUCGAGCACCAGCGAGCCGCCGCUUGCUCCUCUUCCUCCAUGGUGUACGGGAGCCCCACCGUACGCAGGAGCAGCCCGGCCUGGAGUACCGCCGAGCCUGGGCAAGCCAGGAGCCCGCCGGUUUCUCCCGCCCGGGCCGAGCCGUUGCCUAGGAGCCCCGGCAGCCGAGUGGCGGAGGCGCCGCCGCCGCAGAGGAGCCCGGCCCGGGCGAGGAGCAGCCCUGGCCGGAGGCCUCAGCCUGCUGCGAAGGCGCCGCUCAGCCCCGCGGCCUGUGCGGCCGAGGACAUCGAGGUGCUGGAGCUGGGGAAAGACGAGCCUGCGGGAGGCGCCGCUUUCCUGCUGCCGUCCCCGCUCGCCGGGCCUGCAGCCGUCCCGCAGCCGCCUUCCGCGGCCGCUUCGGAAACCGAAUCGCCGUCGGGCGAGGAGUGCAGCUGGGCCGGCCUCUUCUCUUUCCAGGACCUGCGAGUCGUGCACCAGCAGCUGUGCUCAGUAAGCUCCGAGCUGGAGCCCUGCUUGCCGGUCCUUCCCGAGGAGCCGUCGGGCAUGUGGACGGUCCUCUUCGGAGCUCCGGAGAUGUCGGAGGAGGACAUGGACACUUUGUGCUGCCGGCUGCAGGUCUACCUGGGCCACUGCCUGGACACCUGCGGAUGGAAGAUCCUCUCCCAGGUGCUCUUCACCGAAACGGACGACCCGGAGGAGUAUUACGAGAGCCUGAGCGAGCUGCGGCAAAAGGGUUACGAGGAAGUGCUGCAGCGGGCCCGCAAGCGCAUCCAGGAGCUCCUAGAGAAACACAAGAAUACAGAAAGCAUGGUAGAGCUGCUUGAACUAUAUCAAAUGGAAGAUGAAGCAUAUAGCAUUCUUGCUGAAGCGACUACAGAACUUUAUCAGUACUUACUGCAGCCAUUCCGAGAUAUGAGAGAGCUUGCAAUGCUCAGAAGACAGCAGAUAAAGAUAUCCAUAGAGAAUGAUUACCUGGGACCUAGAAGAAUUGAGAGUCUACAAAAAGAAGAUGCAGACUGGCAGCGGAAGGCCCACAUGGCUGUGCUUUCUAUUCAAGACCUCACUGUUAAAUAUUUUGAAAUAACAGCAAAAGCACAGAAAGCUGUAUAUGAUCGAAUGCGAGCAGACCAGAAAAAGUUUGGUAAGGCAGCUUGGGCAGCAGCAGUGGAACGAAUGGAAAAGCUUCAGUAUGCAGUGUCUAAGGAGACUUUGCAGCUUAUGAGAGCAAAAGAAAUCUGUUUGGAACAGAAGAAACAUGCGUUAAAAGAAGAGAUGCAGAGUUUACAAGGUGGCACAGAAGCCAUAGCCCAUUUGGAUCAACUUGAAUCUGAUUAUUAUGACCUGCAACUUCAGUUGUAUGAAGUGCAGUUUGAAAUUUUGAAGUGUGAAGAACUGCUGCUGACAGCACAACUUGAGAGCAUCAAAAGACUUAUUUCAGAGAAAAGAGAUGAAGUAGUGUAUUAUGAUACCUAUGAAAGUAUGGAAGCCAUGCUCGAAAAGGAAGAUAUGGCAGCAUCUAUACACUUGCAAAGAGAAGAGCUACAGAAAUUGCAACAGAAAGUCCGCCAGCUAGAAGCAAGGCGUGGGCGCAUUUCAGCCAAGAAAGCCUACCUCAGAAAUAAAAAGGAGAUCUGCAUUGCAAAACAUCAUGAAAAAUUCUUGCAGCACUUUCAGAGUGAAGAGGAGUCACAGCAUACUGCACAGUUUAAGAGGGAGCAGUUGCAAGCUGAAGAAGAAAGAAAAAGCUCAUGGGUUACUCAGGAACGACAGAUAACACUGGACAGACUUCGAACAUUUAAACAGCGCUAUCCUGGACAGGUAAUACUCAAAUCAACCAGACUUCGACUGGCCCAUGCAAGAAGAAAAAGUACAGCCAGUUCAACUUCAUGUGCUGAUCACCGUUUGUCGCUGCCUGUAACUACACAGACUGAUGUGGUGGGGCAAGAAAAAAGAAUACAACCUUUACAAAUUCAGGAGUCUAGAAAUUUAGGACCACUUGAAGAUACUUCACCUCCCUGUGACGUUACCUCUGAAUUUUCUCAAAUUCCUUCUCCUCCUGCUCUUAUCAGUAAUGAACUUCAGCCCAAUAUAGUUAAGGAGGCACCAAUGCCUCCUCCUCUCCCACCACCGCCGCCACCACCUCUGCCCACCAAGGAAGAGUCUACGCAGUGCUCUGAGAAGAGCAGUAGCCCUGUGAAACAACACAGCAUUGAGAAGCCAGCACUGCUGACCACCAUAGCACCAUCAGCUCAUUUCUUUGAUAGCAGCCAGUUGGUCAGUGCCAAGAAGAAACUAAAGAAAAUGGGCGAUAUGGAAGGCUUGCAAAGGAGAAGAGUGAGUUCCCCAAUGGAUGAGGUGUUGGCUUCCUUGAAACGUGGUAGCUUCCACCUGAGGAAGGUUGAGCAGAGAAAUAUCCCGCCUUUCCCUGAUGAAGAUGACAGCAAUAACAUCUUGGCACAGAUAAGAAAAGGUGUGAAACUGAAGAAAGUGCAAAAGGAUCUUAUGAGAGAAUCAUUCACAAUUCUACCUGAUGAUGACCCUUUGACACGCAGCAUCCAUGAAGCACUACGGCGAAUUAAGGAAGCAUCACCAGAGUCUGAAGAUGAAGAGGAGAACCUGCCUUGCACAGACUGGGAAAAUUAAGGAGUAAUGUUUCUUCUUUUGGUGGUGAGGAUUCCACAGAAUAAUGAUUUUCUUUUCACUUCUGAACAUCCGUAGUCAACAGUUUGAUCACCACCUUCUGUCUGGGAAAGGUGUCAUCUGACAAACAAUUUGAUAUGUGCAGAAGAGCUUAAAAUGCAUUUUUUUAAAAUUAUGGUAGACGAUUCUGAUGGGAUCAAUAACUACCUUAUUAGAUAUGUAUUUUGCAGAACACUGAGGAGAACGAACCAUUCAAGAUAUUUCUGGUUCUUCGCUCACUUUUUACAGUCGUGUGAAACACUAAAUCAGCACCUAUUGCAGCAGAGCUUCUUCCCAACAUAAUUUACCAGGACAGGUAUGCAAUCUGACCUUUGGUUCACUGAAGACUUCACUGUUUAAUCAACAAAUUGUUACUUUCACAUCAGCUUCUAUUACAGCAACAGGAAUUCUCCUAAAGAUCUUUAUCUCUCACUAUAUUUGUCAUGUAAGAAGUGGAUUUCAGAGAUAUAAUGCAUUUUAACUAUUCAUUGUACAAAAUACAAGUUAGUUUGAAAAUGGGAACAAAUGGCUCUACAGAAUAACAGGAAACCCCCUAAGAGUGGAAUACAUAUACUUAAGAAUGUAUUGUUUACAGCCUAGUACAUUUAAAAUGGCAUAUAGCGGAACCCUUUAGAAGGCCAUGUAUACCGUGUACAUCUUGUAUUUUUAAAUUAGAAUUUCCCAUGCGCGUAUAAAUAGAAACAUUUUAAUUGCAGGACUGAGUGUUAGAUAAUAAAGUUACAUAAAAUUUUAUUUAUAGAAGCAAUAUUUUAUAAUGAGAAUACUUAAAAUUAUUUUUGUCUAUUAGUUUGACUGUUCUUUGAUUACUCUAAGGAACCUUUAUUUAAAGUAAAUUCAAAACUGAAAUCCAAUUUUACUGUUAAGUUGUGGAAGUUAUAUUUUUUCCAGUUUUCAUUAUUCCUAUCAUUGUUAAAAUAUUUGAAUUAUGUAACAGCCUGCUUAUUUGAAAAAACACUUCAUUUUUAACCCUGGUUGUAUAAUGGUCUAAAGGAGGCACAGCCUUUGGUACAGUGAAUAUCUAAAGCAACGUAAUCCCAAACAGCAUGACUAAUAGCUGCAGGCAGCUCAUUUUUUAAUAACAGAGUACUAUACUGAUUAGUAUUUCUGCACCAGGGCUAGUCUUACCCUUAUUAAAAUGCUCUCUAAUGAAAAUUUCUGCUUGUAGGAGAAUCUUGUGCUUGACAAACUGUGAUCCCUUAUAAUAGGAAAAAUCCAUUUUAAAAUAAUUUACUAUAUUCACUGCCCUGUUGUAAGUAGAUGCAUAUUGGAUGGAAUGCAUUUAGUAAGACCACUCACCUUUCAUAGUAAGAGGUUAAAUGUCUUGCUCUUUUUCCUUUUAAAAAUACUUGGGAGUACCCUGAAUACUUGACAAUACAUUUAACAGUCCAGCUCAACUCUUAGAAAUAUUUGGGUGUGCAAAAGUGACUACCUAGGCUAGUAAUAAUAAUGAGAAAUAUUUUAUCAGGAUAUCUGCCAUUCUGUUGUUGUUGUUUUUUUUUAAAAAGCUUAUUGCCUUAUAUGGUAUGAAAUGCUGUCCUUUCCCAAAGGUAACCUUGAGAAUAGUGUAAGUUCAAUUAUUGUGAGAACGCCUUCUGUUGGGGAGAAAAAGAACUGUAUUAGGAACUGAACAUUAAUUUUCUGAAAAACAAGACAACCCAUUUCCUUUCCAAGUUACUGCAUAUUAACCAAAAUCACAUUAUGCACUGUGUGGUUACAGUCACAGGUAAUGCAAGAUUUGGUGGUGGCAAUAACUAAAUAGCUGCAAAAUGUAACUGUUGACCUUUAGCAUAAACCAUAAUAUAUGUAGUUGGUGUGCCUUUGCCAUUUAGUCACCUCCAUUUAGUCACACUCCAAAUUCCCACUGUAUAAUAUAUUGUGUUUGAAAGUUUAGUUGUAGCCCAAAACACUAACUUCUAAAAAUUAGGAUGACAUGGAUCAUGUAAAGCUUUACACAAUCAAUUGCAGCAGGAGCUCUGAAUGACAAAAAUUGCUAGACAAUUCACAUAAUCAAGGAGACAUAACUUAUUGAAAAUUGAGAGUAACACUCCUUAUGCUUAACACUCUUUUGCAACUGCAAAUUUUAAAUUCCUAUGGAAAGUUUAUAAAGCUCUCAAUAUGAUUGUGAAAUGUUCAGGCUAUAUAUAUGGAAUCUUUCCUUUGAAAGCUCUAGUUGUUGUUUUUUUAAAUAAACUGUUUCUGACAGUUUAAUUAAUGCAAAAAAACCACCUGGGUUUUGGCGCUAUAAAAAUGGCCUGUUUCAGAGGAACAUAUUUUAUACAUACUUGGCUGCUGUACUGUGGCUGAUCUCCUAUCCAGAGUUUUCCUUUAGACUUAGUUUCCCCCCAUAAUCUGUUAGGAAGAAGAGAUUAACCUGGGUGCCAGUAGUGCAAUUCCUUAUAAUUAUAUUCCCACAUGUUUUGCUUUUGCUUUUAAUUAAUAGUGAUUCCCAAUUUUAUUUCUUGAAGCCAUUGCAUACCAGCUGAGAACUCACAGUGCUCUAGUCUAGUACAUUUAUUGCAGCAGACUUAGCAAAUGUAUGAGCAUUUAAGAAAAGUUAUUGAUGAAUGCUGCUUGAACUGGCAUUCAUACCUAAAUCUAUGCAGCUGACAUGCAUGAAAAAAUGCAUUCUAGUAUUUUGUAUGCUGUAGGUCAGGCAAAGGCAACCUUGGCUCUCCAGAUGUUUUGGAACUACAACUCCCAUGAUCCCUGACCACUGGCCCUGUUAGCUAGGGAUCAUGGGAGUUGUAGUUCCAAAACAUCUGGAGAGCCAAGGUUGUCUAUGCCAGCUGUAGACUGACUGCGGUACAUGGUUGUACUGCAGCCGUUUUUCUCAAUUUCUUGUCCACAAUGCAUUCUGUCAAGAAAUGUUGUGAUCUACCUGGAUGCCCCUGAACUGGUGGAAGACUAGCUCAAGAAACUAUAAAUGCCAGGAGGUGAUGAGUCGUGUGUUUGGCAGUUUGGCAGCAAGGGGGCCAAAGUGUUUUAUUUCCACUAGAAAAACAAAUUAUGUUCAACAGCAACAUUUAUUAAAGUGGUUUCAUCUUCUGCAGCAUGAUCCCAUAAGUCUUUUAGUUGCUUGGUUUAUUUGUAUACUGACUAUAUUCUUUAGUAUAGAUAGUUUUGCUUCUUAUUUCAACCAUUUGUUUGUAAAGCUUUUCAGAGUAGAGCAGCUUACCAGUAUAUUAUAAAAUUGGUAACCACAAAAACAAAUUAGCAGCACUAAAUUAUGUAUUGCUGGUGCAUUCCAAGUUUUUGCGUUUGAGUUGUUUUAUGUAGACACUGUCUUCAGAGAAUCAGGUGCAUUUUUGUCACACAGUCUAGUGAAAAGGGGGGGAACUUUCACUGAAAGUCAAUGUUCUCUUUUUAUUUGCACUGACUUUAAAGAGUGAACUGUAAAACUAUUUGGAUUUAUGAGCAUUAUUUUAUUUUCGCUGUAAUGCUUUUGUAAUUUGGUUACCUGUGUUACUCAUAACGAACCCAGAAGCAUGAAACAAGAUAUAUCUAGUGUUGGUGAACUGUUAACAAGCAAAUAAGCUUAUUGAAAAGGAGGUAUAAGAGAUGCUUGUUGCAAGAGAUGUAAGCACCUUAUUGAGAGGAUGUGGAAUUUUAAAAUACUACUAGAGUCAAUAGUCAAUAGUUGUGUGCUAUCAAUAUUGAGACUAAUCUAUUAGCAAUCUAUUCAUGGAAGUAGAUUGCAGCACCAACCACCAUGAAAGGGGACAUCCAGAUUCAAUAUGGUGUCCUGCUCUUCUGACUGCUUCGAUCAUGCCUUAGGCAGGCUGAUGCCCUGUGGUGAAGCAGCAGCCACAUAGCCUUUUAGUAGAGAAAAGCACAUUGUUUUGUUACUGUGUGUAAUGGUUUGAAAAAUAAAGCACUAGCGGUUUUAUCCUAUAAUUAAUUUUAAAGCUUCCAACAAAAAAAUAAUGUAUAUUAAUUGCUACAUGAAAUCUCAUGUAAUUAAAAUCAAAUUUGGGCCAUGGUGAAUGGUCUAUUUUGCAAAGUUGUUUUCUAAUGUUUUGCACAACCUUUUCUGCUAUUUAAGACAAUUUCCUGGGAAUUCCUAGCUUUGAACAUAAAAAUCAACAGCAAACAGAUAAACAUCAUAAGAGCCUGCUGGAUCAGGCCAGUGUCACAUCUGUUCCAACAUCCUGUUCUCACAGUGGCCAGCCAGGUGCCCAUGAGAAGCAUGGAAGCAGGACCUGAGCACAGCAGCAGUCUACCCACUACUGGACGUGGAACACGGUCAAUGUGGCUAGUAGGCUGUUAUACCUGGCCUUUAUUGGUCAAUGUACUUUCUAGACCUGGGCGUCAGAAUUUUAUUUAUUCUGUUUUCUAGUAUGGGUGUUCACACUAUCUUUGAUUGAGAGUCCAAUUCAGAAAAUACUUUCUUCGUCGCUUUAUUCCCAGGAGGAGCUGAAGAGUGGGCUAAAGGUUAGAAUGGUCCCUCCCCACCAUUAAUUGUAGGUAAAACAGAACCUCUGGUCAAUCAGCUUGAACAUGUGAGGUCAAAAAGAGGGGAGCAGGGGUGUUCAUGGUGGGCUUACCCCCUCCAAUAUCUUCCACACCCAACCUUGCCAUGUUGAGUGGGGAGCUUCUAAGACUGUUCAACAUGCUGAUAAGCAUGCUCAUGGCUGAGAUUGGGCUCCUGGCUGGAGAGAUUUUUGGGCACUUUGACACUUCCUUCAGGACUUGAUGCUAAACAUGCAAAUGGCUGAAGUGGAAGCAGAACUAGUACAUGUGUCCCUAGCCUCCUUACACAUCUUUUGCCCUCAUAUGUUUGGGCUGAAUAUCUGAAAAGGGCUAACUGAGCCACAAUCACUAGUGGCAUCCAUAAAUAAAUUCUAGCCAAUGGGAGAAAGCCUUUCGUAUGUUCCACCAUAAAAACAAUGUUUCGUUUUUAAAAAGCUGUCAGUAACAGCAAGGGACCAAGGGCUGGUUUGAAUGUAACACUAAGCCAUAGCUUAAUGUUACAGAAAUGAGCUGCACCCUUGGGCUUACACUCUUAUAUAUUCACUGUCUAGUUCAAAACAAAUCACUGUUCGUUGGUAGGUCUGAAGUAGUGAUUAGUUUUAAAGUAUGGUUUAUUGAAACAAACCAGGAUUAAACUCUUAAUCAGGCUUGUUCACGUGACACUGGCUAAACUGUGGUUUAGUAUUAUAUCUGAGCCAGGCACAAAGUGCCUCUUUCCAAAUGUACCAGACAUUAUCUUGAAUUUGGAAAUGGCAGCAGUGGCAUGGGUUGGAAGGGAACACCCUUCCCUGUUGGAAAAAUGAUUGCAAGCCCAGCUAAGACGUCACUGAUCAACAACAAUCUCCUACAAUGAGGGGGCAUGUCAACCUGACUUCACAUUGGGUGUAAUCCUGGAAGUCGUCUCAUUCCCUGAACAGACCCAAGCUUGUAUGAUUUGGCAUGUGGUGCUGUGGAGGGCACUUAGCUGGUAUGAGCAUAUAAUAGUUGGAUGGGUUGCACAUAGUAGAGUGGUGGCUAACCUGUGGCCCUCUAGGUGUUGCUGGAUCACAACUCCCAUCAACUCCAGUGAACAUGGACAAUUGUUAGGUAUUACAGGAGUUGUAGUUAAACUGUUUUCUCCACUCCAUUGUCCUAUUCCCCACUACUCCUUUGGAAUGUGAGUAUAUUACUUUCAGAGCUGAUUCAGAUAUAUAGACAGUUCUAUGGCAGAUUACAAGUGAGAAUGUUCUCUGCAGAUUGAAAGGUAGGAGAUAGGGAGGCCCCUAGCCUAAUGUGUUUGUUUUUUAUAUGUGGGAAGUUUUAAAAAAAAUCUUACAGGAAGCACUCAUCCUCAUGUACUCAAAAAUCAUACAGUCUAGGAAUGACUAUCACAUGCGGUGUCUACACACUUGAUGUAGAACGUCAACCUCAACAAGGCAGGACAUUAGAACCAGGACCAGAUCUUGCAUGGUUCUUUUUCAAAGGGGAAAGCAUCCACAAGGUUCCCAUAUAGGAGUUGGACUGUGAUGCAUUUUUUGUAACCCUUUCCCUGCUGCUCUAUUUUGCUGUUUUGAAUUGCCCCCUGAAACUCUUAUGUUUCCUCAGUGAAGUAAAUGACAAUUUCAAAGGGAGAGGAGAUUUAAGUAGGGGAAAUAAUAAUUUAGGAAUGAGAUAAAAACAAAGCAGCAUUAUGGCCCAAAUUAAUUCUCUCCCUCACUGAUUGCUUUUAACCCCCCCCCCCUUUUCUGUGUGUGUGUGUGUUGUUGUUUUUUAAACAAACCUCAGGGGAGCAUGUCAUGGAUCUCCCACUAUCACAUCUUUAGUCUUACAUUCGUAUGGCUACAGCCCACUUGUUGUUUGUCAUUUUAUGAGUUGCCAAGAGCAGAGCUAUGUUAACAUAUUUGCUGAAAUGUAGAAGGCUGUUGAUUAUGUUGCAUGGAUAAAGUUUGUUAAACAUUAAUGCAACGCCUCAUUUUUGAACAGCUAAAAAAAAUAAAAAGAAAACCAAUUCACCAUUCAUUAACUUAGUGCAAAAAGAAUGAAAAUCGGUGUACUGUGCUGCACUUCUUUAAAACAAUUGUAUUUAAUGGACAUUUGUAAAUGGACAUUGCAUUUCUGAAAUGCUCCAGCAAACUUGCAAUAACUUUAUAAUGCUCAGUGUUCCAAAGUAUUAAGCACGAAGUAUAAACGAAAAGAGCAUUGUUAGCAAUAUUUUGAAAACUAAAAGUUUUAACUGUUUGCCCUUUUGCUUUUUUCCCUUUAAGUGCAGCCUUCCUGCAACUUUAUUGUACUGCUUUGUACUUCAUGUUUUUUUACUAUCAUGGCUUCGAAAUUCAAACCUAUACCCAAAGUCCUGAAUGACUUGUCUUGUGUACAUGCAAUGUAACAACAUACUUAAAAAAUUUGGUGCUUAAAAGUUGUUCCUUUUUUUCUUUAAUAAAGGAUAUUUAUUUGAA